AGCCUGGGUCAACGGGACUUCAGGGUCCUCCAGGGCUAAAGGGAGAACAAGGUGAGCCAGGUAAUGAAGGGAAAAGAGGUGCGGAUGGACCACCAGGCAUAAAGGGGGAUAAAGGGGAUGCUGGUGAUCCAGGACUCCAGGGUGCUCCAGGAGUCUCAGAGAACUUUGACCUGUCUGAAAGAUUACAGGUGCAGGGCCCACCUGGCCCACCUGGGCCUCCUGGAGAGCAAGGAGUGAAGGGAGAGAUGGGCUCUCCUGGGAUUCCUGGACCUGAAGGCAGACAGGGUUUUAAAGGAGAAAGGGGGGAAAAAGGAGAACCUGGAGUGACAGGAGAAAAGGGAGAGAGCGGAGAGAAGGGAGAGAUCGGUCAGUCUGGGCCAGUGGGAGCUGGUGGGCAGAAAGGAGAGAAGGGAGACUCCAGAAUUGAGGACAAUCUGGCUCAGAUGAUCGCAUUGCCAGGCCCUCCAGGACCACCUGGCCCUCAAGGAAUUAUGGGCUAUCAUGGAAUACCUGGCGAAAAGGGAGAGCCAGGUGAGGCGAUAAAAGGAGAAAAGGGGGAUGUCGGAGAAAAAGGUCCACAAGGGCCACGGGGUCUUCAAGGUUAUUCUGGCUCAGAUGGAUUGGUCGGUCUACCAGGUGCAAAAGGUGAAAAGGGAAAACACGGUGAACCUGGUUUAGAUGGUUUCCCAGGUCUUCGAGGAGAGAAGGGUGAUAAGGGAGAACGGGGAGAAAAGGGUGAAAGAGGCUUGCUGGGAAAAAGGGGUCUAAAAGGAGAGAAAGGGGAGCAGGGACCCCCAGGUCUGGAUCAGCCUUGUCCUGUGGACCGGGAUGGACUCCCAAUACCAGGAUGCUGGCAUAAGUGAUGACAAACCUGAAGCUUUGGAAUCUGUACAUAUUGAUAUAUAUAUUUAAAGCUAACUUUUCUUUUUUUUUACUCUUAUCUUCUCUUUCAUUUUAUAUGUUCUAUUUAAUAUACCGAGAUGUGUUUUAAAAAUCUACUUCGAACACCAUGUGGACUUUCUAUCUUACUGCUUUUAUUCGAAGGACUAAAAUGAAGAGAGUCUACUUGUGGAUUGCACACGGACUCGUGGAAUGAGAGAGAACUCUGAUGCAAGUCUUGACCACGUGUUUGCAUAAAAACAUCAGAAUAACCCCAGACCCAUCUAACAGACUGUGUAGCCUGACACAAGUUCUGAUUUAAACUUCCUUUUUAAAGCAGCCUUAAACAUCCAGCUUGUCCAUUUUUUUAUCACGGUCGUUAAAAUGAUCGGGUUUAUCAGCAGGAGACGAGCGCAAUGGUGCACAAUCGUGAAAACUACAGUAUACUACCCAGAGGGAACCAGCGCAGUGUUAGCACAUGGGAAUUAACUCUUAAAAUGCAGCUACAUGGAGUGUUGACUUUGGCCUGGAUGACCUCACAGGAAGAACUAAUAAUGUCAGAAAAAAAUUAAAGUUUUUUUUUUUUUUUUUUUUUACAUAUACAUGAAUUUGGAAAUGAAUCUGUGAUAAAGUCAAGGUUUGGACUACAAGAUGAAACGAUUAGAAGUGGACAAGGGAUUCAGCUUUCUGUUUACUGAUUUUAAGGAACUGUGUGGCAUUCUCAAAGCUCAUUCUUUGGGGUUCUGUGUAAAUAAUAUGUAUAGUUCUUAUCCUACCUGUCUUUUAGUGUUUAGAUAAGAUUGUCCUACUGAUAUGCAGCAUGUGUUUUGUGUAUUAUUCUCAACUGUCCUUUAAUACAUGUGUACAGUUACAGUCAUGCAGUAUCGUAAGAUUCUCAGCACCUCUGCAAGUUUUUUUUUUUUUUGGAUCAAUUCUGAUGUGUAUGUUAUAAAGAUUGGAUGUAUUUUUCAGCUUGGCAGAUGAAUUGUUCUGUAGUUUGGUUAAAAGGCUCUAUAUUAAAACUGUAAUCGAUGUAAUUUUAUUACAUUUAAUUUUUGCAGCAAUAGUUAUAGUUACAAUUAACUAUAACUCUGGUACAAUUAACAUGGGAACACAUCUGACAGAAAUAAAUGAUUC